AACGCGUGAAAAUGACAUUGAAAUAUUUAACUCUAGUUUCAUCUGAUUCACAUCGCUUUUUGUAUUGUAACAGUUAGAUUGUCUACCUUUUAAACACAUUAUUAAACCUGGAUCAGGAAGUAAAGGAUGGCUCUCCCCUGUGUGCGUCUCUGCUCUCGUCACGUCACCAGAGGCCUUCAGGUCUGUGGUUAUUCGACCCUCAGUAAGUCCUCCAGCCCGCGGGAGAGAAGCGACUCUGGUCCAGUGUUUCAGUACGUCGGCCACAACAAGAAGCCCAGCCACAAGGUGUUUGUUUGGGGCUUCUCGUUCACCGGCGCUCUGGGGAUCCCCAGCCUGGUGGUGCCGGACAGCGGCAGGAAGAAACCUCGCAAAUACCAGCUGACUCCGUACCGUCUGGAGACAGCAGAGCAGAUCUCGUCGGCUGCUUGUGGUUACGGCUUCACGCUCAUCGCCUCGCAGACCAAAGAUGUGAUCAAGCUGUGGGGCAUGGGCCUGAAUAAGGACUCUCAGCUCGGCUUCCAGCGCACGCAGGACAGCCGCCGUAAGUUUAUGGACAA